CAAAGAAAAGAAUAUUAAAUGAUGAAUAUGUUAAGAGUUUGCAAAUAUAAGGAAAAGGGAGGCAUAAAAUCUAGAGCAUAUAAAACAUGGAAAUCUAUAGGCAAUCCGAUCCAGCGAUGCAAUAAUUAGUGGGGAGGUGUUGGCAGAAAAAAACCAGCUUAAAAAGAGGCCAAAGAGAUCUCUGUGAUCUCUCACUUGAUCACCAUCAUCGAUCAGCUCACAUUUCUUGUAAUUUUUUUUUCUAUCUAUCUGUGGGGGGAGAAAUCUUCAGGAAGGAGAAGGAACUCGUUCUUGCUCUCUGCUUGAUUUUUAGUGGAAAAGGGAGGAAGAGAUAUAGAGAAGGAAGAUGGGGAGCAGUUUCUUUGGGGAUCCGAACAUGAGAGGCUCGUCUUCGUCGUCGUCGAACUCGACAAGGAAGAGCAAGAAGAGCAACCCGGACAAGCCGAAACAGCCGCAGAGGGGGCUUGGGGUUGCUCAAUUGGAGAAGAUCAGAUUGCAUGGCCAAUUGGGUUGUCCCAGCUUCCUUCCCAGCAAUUCACUCCCCAACCCUUAUCACCAUCCUCAUCCUCAUCAACCCUCCACCUUCGCUCAAGAGGAUUUGAGAAUGCAAAAUGCUUAUUCAUCAAUACCAUCAUCAUCCUUCUCUCACUCUUCAUCUUCCUCUCCCUCAGCUUCUUAUGGAUUCAACCCCCACUUGAUGGUGGGUUUGAGUGAUUAUGAGAGAGCAAACAUCAGAUAUGAUGAUUCCCAGCCUACUAAUAUCGCAAGUUGGAACGCUGGCAAUGGCAUCUUGGAGAUCCCACAAUAUGGGCAACACCCAAAUAUGACCAGACACCUCCUUAAUCUUCAAGUUGAGGAUUCUCAAGAGAAGAAGAACAAGAAGCACAGAAGCAGCUCGACAGGCUCGAGCAGCCAAAACUCCGAGUCUAACGACAACCAAGAAGUAGAUUUGGAGCUCAGACUCUCGCUCUGAUAUCGAUCAUAUCAUGAGAAAGGAUAUCGCGGGGAUAUUGAAUUCCAAUGCUCUUUACUUGCGUUUGCGGAAGUUCAGUACGAUGGGAAUCUAUGGAAGUGUUUGAAAGGUGGAGCAAGGAAACUGAGGCCGACUUAUUUGAAGUUUCAUCUACGAAGAACUUGUGUAAUGAAAGGUAGAUUGACUUCUGCACAAGAACAGUGAAAUAUUUUUUUCCCCUCAUUAGUUGUCAAAGAAAGGAGAUGUGCAUUGUUUCUUUUAUCUUUUUACAAAUCUAUAAGGUUCGCCAAGAGCGUCUUUAAAUCUUUUUCGGAUUGUCCAAAUACACUUUGCUUUCUAUGCUCAA